GUGACAGAGUAAGACCUCUUCCUCUGUGCAACCUCCUUAGCAGGAGGUGCUCUCCAUUUCAUUUGUUCAUUAAUCGAUGCGUGGACUUUGUAUGCACUUUAUAAUAGAGUACCCAACGGCGGGAGGUGUACGUUAGGAAUAUUGUGUCUCUAUUUGAGUCGAAGAACACCAGCAGCAGACUUGAGUUUAUCCUUCUCAGACUCAAUAGGUGAGGUGCACGUUGGUGAACGCUGAUAAAAUCCUGUUAAAAUCAGCAAAUUAUUUGCUCUCCUCGGGGUUCAGAAUGAGGAAGAAGCUGCUGGUGGAUGCAGAUUGUGGCGUGGAUGACGCCCAGGGCAUCAUGUUGGUCCUGGCAGCCCCAAACGUGGACCUGCUGGGGGUGACCUGCGUGCAUGGAAACACCACUCUGGAGAACGUGUGCAGGAACACGCUGCGUGUCCUGCAAGCCUGCAAUAGACUCGACAUUCCGGUGUUUAAAGGUGCUGCUAAGCCCCUCCUCGGCAACACGAUGAACGCGGGAGACUUUCACGGCCAGGACGGGCUGGGAGACGCCCCCGACCCAAACGCUCCAAGUCUGGACCUGGUGCAGCAGGAAGAUGCCGUGUCGGCUAUGAUCAGAAUAGUCAAAGAGAACCCAGGAGAGGUAUCUCUGGUUGCCACGGCGCCCCUCACCAACCUGGCUUUGGCUGUGAGGAUGGAUCCGUCUCUGCCGAGCAAGCUGCGAGGGCUCUACAUCAUGGGGGGCAACACGGAAUCUCGAGGAAACACCACCGUGUGCGGCGAGUUCAACUUUGCAGCGGAUCCAGAGGCAGCGUACAUUGUGCUGAGUGACUACCAGUGCCCGACCUACUUGGCAUGCUGGGAGUUUACUUGCUACAGCAAACUCUCCUGGGAGUUCUGCGACGCCUGGUUGGCACAGGACACGCACAAAGCUCGCUUCAUGACGCGCAUCUUCCGCCACAGCAUCGAGGCGUCACACAGCGAGCGCUUCCAGAAGGAGUUUGUGGCCGGCACCGGCUUCAUCUCCUGCGACUCGUACGCCAUGGCGGCAGCCGUGGACGACUCGUUCGUCACCGAGAGCGACCAUUACGCGGUUAGCGUGGAGCUAGCGGGCACGCACACAAGAGGCAUGAUGGUGGUGGAUACGACAGGCUUGCUAAAGAAGACUCACAAGGCCUUCAUCAUAAAGAAGGUGGAUAUGGAGAAGUUUGAGGAGAUGAUGAUGGCGGCGUUGAAAUAGAGCGCUGAUUCCCAAGAGAUGCUACAUGUUUUCUUCUUCUAAUUGUUCUUAAUUCUCUCCGCCAAGGAGGUUAUGUUUUCCCCUGCAUUUAUCUGUUUGUUUGUGUUCAAAAUAACUUGAAAAGUCCUGAAUGGAUUUGGAUGAAAUUUUCAGGAAUUGUCGGAAAUGGGAUAUGGAAGAACUGAUUUUGGGGGCGAUCCGGAUCACCAUCUGGAUCCAGGGAUUUUUUUUUAAAAGAUCCUUUAACAUUGUGAGAUGGGCCCAUUUUUGCCAUUUGUGCAUAUAACUCCACAAAAACUGCUCAGAGAACUUGGACACUCGGGUUGAAAAGCAAACAAGAAAAACGCUGCAAACUGAAAAAAAAACCCAAACGCACACAAAAAAGGAAAAAGAUAAAUUCUAAAUCAAAAACGAACCUCCAAAUUAGACUAGGCUUAAGUGCGUGAGUACUGUACAAAAUAGCCGUCGGCCCUUGGCUAACGUGCAUACACCAAAAGGUCAAUUUGUCUUACUGAGACAGAACACUCACGAGAUGAAAUUGAGAGAGACUCUUGGACGUACAUAACGAGGCGCAACAAGGUAUAACAGGGCAUACGCAGCAGUGGCUCUCUUUACUGCGUUCCGCCACGGCUCCAACAGGGCAGAAGACGCGAUCAGCACCUCUCCAUUGUCAGUGACACGCCACUAACGAACAAUGGACCCGCAUAGUUUUGAAACAAACUACGGUAAUUAGCGGAGCUGUGCACUGUGGCUGCCAGUGAUGCAUUCAUGGGAAUGCCGACUGUAGGACUUUUGCCCUUUCAAUUGAAACAGUGAACUAAACCACCCCACUACACACUAUAUUGAAUGUAAAUUGAUACAUACCACGCACUAAGACCAAGCGGAAAACGGCCGCUCAACGGUGGCUCUUUCCGUUCGGCAUCUAUCUUAACCUGUGAUUGGCCGUGCUCGCUGUCACUCCAUGAGCGCUUGGACGUGCUCCAUGGUGUUUUGCUAGUUGGCCAGGAGUUGGCGUUCAUCUCACUCUGUAAGAUGUGUUGUCCGUUUGUUCUGCCUGAGUCACGUAAACUGAACAAAUGUUAAUAUCAGACGUUUUAUUUACAUUAAUAUUUGAAUCUGUGUGCAUCCGUGUGUUUGGUUGGGAAAACCGAGCUACCGCUGUAAAUGGUUCAGAACGCUUUCUUAUGACUGUCUGUGAACUUUACUUGACAUAAGACAUAGCAAACAUGGAGUGUCUGUUAUCGCUAAAUCUACUUAUCUAAAGUAUUGAAAAACAAGAAUACUAUAAUGAUUCAACGAUGAGUACUUAAGUGAUGCGUUCAUCAAAGGAUGCAACAUUGGACAUCUCCAAGUCACAUGUUGCAAUAUGAUGUGUUUUGAGCAUGUACAUAUGCUAUUUUUACACUUUGUAAACAUUUCUACCUGUAUUGGCAUCCCCCCCAAUCACGUCACCUGCAGGGUUCAAGUGUUUAAAGUGUCAAAUGUGCUCCGAUUUCAGUGCCUACAGUCAAAUUUGCAUCAUGAAAGACAUUGACGUAACAAUUUAAACAAUAUCCAUGCUUAACAUAUUUUUUCUCAGUGUUUAUGGUCCUUGAUAGUUACAAUAAUAAAAGAAAAUCAGAUGGUUAUAUUAUUGUCUUCCAUACGUCAAAGUUCUGAUUGCAUGCAGACUUUUUUUUGCGCAUAAUCUUGUUCAGAACUCUUCCACAUUAUUCCUAUGCUUUUAAUGCCCAGAUUUGUGAUCUCCUGUGGACAUAGGAUAUGCCUUUAUUAGACCCACAGCUAUUUACAGCUAUGUACAUGAUCUCAGCAGAGGCCCAGCAUAAAUGGUUUCACUCAAAUUUAUGUAUUCACAACUCCAGAAUAUUCAGUCGAGGGAUAUUGUGUAGUAUAGCGGUGUUAUUAAGGAGUUGCGUGUUUGUAUGUACAUCAAUGGGGCGAGUUGGCACAGUAUAUGCGCGCGGAUUGUACUGGCCCAGUCUGGACCAAAAAGUCCAGGACCAAAUUUUUGUCCCAGUCCAUCCCCGUUUAUAGUAAGAGAGUGAUCAUGUCGACUUGUAACUUGCAUGCUGAAAAAGUGCAUGCACCCCUGAUAUACAUGUACAACAUACAUAAAUCUGUAAAUAUAGUAAAUAUACACUCAUGAUCAAAAUCUUAAGACCAGUUGAAAAAUUGCUCGAAUUUGCAUUUUGCACAUUUGGAUCUUAAUGAGGUUUUAAGUAGAGCUACAAUAUGCAAAAGCAAGAAGGGGGAGUGAGACAAAAACAUUUGGAACUUAUCAUUUAAACAAAACAAAAACUGAAAUAGGUUGUUUAUCACCUGAUCAAAAGUUUAAGACCACAGGCUAUAGAAGCCAAAAUCUGCUGAAAAUGUUCAUUUUCUGUCAGGCAUUCACACGGUCAUGCCCUCCUGAUGGUAAAGCUAAGAAGCUUUCUCUUUUUCAACGUGGCGGGAUUGUUGAGCUGCAUAAGCAGUCUUGGCUGUAUUGUUGUUUAUUCACCAAAAAUGCCGGGUUGUUGUGCAUUUGGAUGCACAAAUAGACACGACAAGGGUUUCAAGCUGUACAGAUUCCCUUCAGAUAUCAACAGACGGACAAUUUGGGAGAAUAAAAUGAACCGUUUGGGCUGGAAGCCGAACUCGUCUUCAAAGCUGUGCGAGGUAGGUCAAUUGAGAGUGUUCGGUCUCAUGUGUUGUAUUUGGUGUUGUGAAUUUCUGUUAAAUGUGAAUGGUCCUUGUGUGAAUCACCUCUGGUUGCAAAUAAAGUAAUCCAUUAUCUCGAGCAAAUUUACCAUGGCAACGCUUUGUCCGACAAACAAAAAAACAUGUCUUGCACAUCUUCAUGUCAAUGUCCUCAUUUACCCUAAGUUUCAUUUAAAAUGCUUCAAAACUGUAGAAGGAAUUCGCAAUGUUAGAUGUGAAGUGCAAUAAUGAUAAAAAAAAAUCGUAUUAUACUGUUUAUAA